UAUGAUGUCUUAAAUACAGUAAACACGUCGCGUGCUGUGUUUCCCUGCUCAGAGGGAGGUGUACGUCUGAGCGGUUGGAGGUGGGUGGAGGCUGGCAGAGGCUGUGGCUCCUCCUCUGGUUCAGGGCGCGGUCUGCGUGGGGAAAACUUUGAGCAGCUGAAGUUGUUGGAGUUUACAGCCGUGUGAUCUUCCUCCUCUUCAUCAUGUCCGGCGUUGCGUCCACUCUGGCCAAGAAGCGCGCUCUGGCCGCGGGCUUUGGCACCAACGCGAACGCGGUCCCGUACCUGAACCAGAACUUCAACGCGCUGCGCGCCCAGUGCCGUUCCGCGGGCAAGCUCUUCUGCGACCCGACGUUCCCCGCCGCGCCCGAGUCUCUGGGCUUCAACGAGCUGGGCCCGAGCUCCUACAAGGUCCGCGGAGUCAGCUGGAAGAGGCCCACGGAGCUCGUCUCUAAACCGGAGUUCAUUGUGGGCGGGGCCACCAGGACUGAUAUCUGCCAGGGCGCACUGGGUGACUGCUGGCUGCUGGCGGCCAUCGCCUCUCUGACCCUGAAUGAAUAUGUGAUGGCCAGAGUUGUUCCCACGGACCAGGACUUUGGGGACAGCUACGCCGGCAUCUUCCACUUCCAGUUCUGGCAGUUCGGUGAGUGGGUGGACGUGGUGAUCGACGACCGGCUGCCGGUCAAAGACGGCGAGCUGAUGUUCGUGCACUCGGCCGAGGGGAGGGAGUUUUGGAGCGCCUUGUUGGAGAAAGCCUACGCCAAAGUGAACGGCUGCUACGAGGCGCUGUCUGGCGGGUCCACCACUGAGGGCUUCGAGGACUUCACCGGCGGCAUCGCAGAGGACUACGACCUCAAAAAGCCCCCCUCCAACUUGUUCCAGAUCAUCAAGAAGGCGCUGGAAGCUGGAUCGCUGCUGGGUUGCUCCAUCGAUAUCACGAGCGCCGCAGACUCUGAAGCUGUGACUCAUCAGAAGCUGGUGAAAGGCCACGCCUACUCGCUGACGGGCGCCGUGGAGGUGAACUACCGAGGGCGUCAGGAGAAGCUGGUGAGGAUGAGGAACCCGUGGGGCCAGGUGGAGUGGACGGGACCGUGGAGUGACGGGUCGUCUGAGUGGAACUAUGUGCAGGGGGAGUGUCCUCACAGCAACGCAGAAGAUGGAGAGUUCUGGAUGUCCUUCAGCGACUUCCAGCGUCACUACUCUCGUAUCGAGGUAUGCACUCUGACCCCGGACACCAUCGAGAACGACUCCGUCAAACACUGGAGCGUCAGCAAGUUUGACGGCGGCUGGAGGAGAGGCUCCACUGCCGGAGGCUGCAGGAAUAACCCGUACACGUUCUGGACGAAUCCGCAGUUCGUGAUUAAGCUGGCCGAGGAGGACGAUGACCCCGACGACGGCGAGGUGGGCUGCAGCUUCGUGGUGGGUCUUAUCCAGAAGAACCGCAGGAAGCUACGCAAACAGGGCGAGGACAUGCACACCAUCGGCUUCGCCAUCUACGAGCUUCCACAACAGUUCCACGGCCAGAGGGACGUACACCUGGAUAAGAACUUCUUCCUGAGCCACGCUCAGACGGCGAGGUCAGAAACCUUCAUCAACCUGCGUGAGGUCAGCUCUCGCUUCAAGCUGCCGCCGGGCGAGUACCUGAUCGUCCCGUCCACCUUCGAGCCGCACCUGAACGGAGACUUCUGCAUCCGGGUGUUCUCCGAGAAGCAGACGGAGACCGUGCCCUGCGACGACCCCGUCAGUGCCAAACUUGAUGAUGAGACGGUGUCAGACAGCGAGGUGGACGCCGGGUUCAGGGGCCUCUUCACUAAACUCGCCGGAAGUGACAUGGAGAUCUCUGCAGUGGAGCUGAGGACCAUCAUGAACAAAAUCGUCUCCAAACGAACUGACAUCAAAACUGACGGCUUCGGCAUGGAGACGUGCAGGGCGAUGGUGAACCUGAUGGACGACAGCAGCAACGGGAAGCUCGGCCUCGGGGAGUUUGCCACGCUGUGGAAGAAGGUGCAGAGAUACCUGUCCAUCUACAAGAAGAACGACUCUGAUAACUCGGGGACGAUGUGCACACCUGAGAUGAGAGUGGCCUUCAAAGACGCAGGUUUCACUCUCAAUAACAACAUCUACCAGCUGCUGGUGGCCCGAUACGCCGACCCCGACAUGACCAUCGACUUCGACAACUUCGUGGGAUGUCUGAUGAGGCUGGAGAUGAUGUUCAAGGUCUUUACGAAGCUCGACACUAAGGGCAGCGGUUUCAUUGAGCUCGACUUCCAGCAGUGGUUAAACUUCGCCAUGAUCUGAGCCGCAGCCUCAGUGGUUACUGCAGCACGCCUUCUUCGCCGUUUACUGGCCGCCUCCCUUCCUGUCACCGCUCCUGUUUUAUAUGCAUGGUUUAGUUUCUACACUAACUUACUGACAUGUAAAGUCAAUAAAUUCUCCAAACCUGGAAA